AUGAAUUUGAGUUUGGACGUUGAUGUAGAUAUUUAUUUGCACACACAUCUAUCUGUCUGUCUGCUGUCUGUCUAUCUAUCUAUCUGUCUCAGUUUGUUCUUUAUCUAUCUGUCUACCUAUCUAUCUAUUUAUCCAUCUAUCUAUCAAUGUCUGUCUUUAUCUAUCUAUCUAUCUAUCUAUCUAUCUAUCUAUCUAUCUAUCUAUCUAUCUAUCUAUCUAUCUAUCAAAGUCUGUCCUUAUCUAUCUAUCUAUCUAUCUAUCUAUCUAUCUAUCUAUCACAGUGUCCUUAUCUAUCUAUCUAUCUAUCUAUCUAUCUAUCUAUCUCAGUUUGUCCUUAUCUAUCUAUCUAUCUAUCUAUCACAGUGUGUCCUUAUCUAUCUAUCUAUCUAUCUAUCUAUCUAUCUAUCUAUCUAUCUAUCUAUCUAUCUAUCACAGUGUGUCCUUAUCUAUCUAUCUAUCUAUCUAUCUAUCUAUCUAUCUAUCUAUCUAUCUAUCUCAGUUUGUCCUUAUCUAUCUAUCUAUCAUUGGGAAACAGACUCCCCUAUUAACCCCCCCCCCACCCCAUAUCUCUCUCUCUCUCUCUCUGAUCAGACUUUAUUUAAUUUUCACAAACCUCCUCUCCAGUUGUGGACACCUAGUGAAGAUCAAACACUUCUCGACGAAAAGAUCAACGCCAAUCGUCUCUCUCUCUCUCUCUCUCUCUCUCUCUCUCUCUCUCUAAAGUGCUUCUAUCUCGGCUAUUGUAUCUAUCUAUCCCAUUCUGUUCAUAACUAUCUAUCAAUCUCAAUCAGUUCAUUUUUACCUAUCUAUCUAUCUAUCUAUCUAUCUAUCUAUCUAUCUAUCCUACAUUUAUUUAAAUUCAUGAUAAAUGUUCAAAUUAUCUUCUUCCAUUUUUCUGACUACUGUUUUCUUCUAUUUUAG